AUGAGUCAAGAUUUAUUUACGAACCCAUUUGGAAUUCCUCCGCCGUCUGAUGAUUCUUAUGCUUCCUUAAGCCGUUUCAUAGCUGAAUUCUCACAGGCAAUUCCCCAGGAUCAGUUUGAUUCGUUUAGAAGCAAAUUGACGAGCCUUCAUGAAGCCCUUACAUCCAAACUUCGAGGAGAGACUCGUCCACAAGAUGACAUGUCUGAAAUUCGUGGGAUGUUUCAAGAGCUUAGAGAAGAUAUGAUUCAAGGACAGAAUAGCCUCAGAGAAGAUAUGAUUCAAGGACAGAAUAGCCUCAGAGAAGAUAUGAUUCAAGGACAGAAUAGCAUCGCUGAACGUUUAUCCAGGGUGGAAGGACGUUUCGACUCUUUUUCUAUCAGUUUUCAUUCCCUUAACGGUGAACAAUUAUCGCGCAUCAGAAACAUUGAAACCAAAACUAACGAAACAAGGACCUCAGCACAGAGAUCUGAAAAUAUUAUCAACAGAAAGUCUUACAGGGAUACAAAGCCGAUUCCAUUUAUUAAUGGACAAGAACCUCCUUCUGAUCUGCCUGAGUUAAAAACCAUUUCCGAUGUUGACAACUUGAACCCAAGCCAGUUGAAAGCAUAUCUGGAGGGAUAUGGCUGUAAGUAUGUUGAGAAUGAGCCUCAAACGUCUCUCAAAAGAAAGGUUUCAGAUGUGGCUGGAUUUAUCAAAUGUCCUCACGAUAAUCUUUACGAGUUUUCAACCCUCCAGGACAUAGGAAAUCAAAGUAGUACACCAAAUCGAAUACUCAGAUCUCGUCAUAAUUGA